AUGGCGAAAGGGUUUCCAGGCGAAACUGACAAUGAGAUUCCCAAACGCAUCUCUGAAACACUGAAGUACCAGCCAAUUAACCACAUAGUACCGAAGUCAGGGCUAUCUAAUUUGCUGAGUUCUUCAAUAACCGAAGAUAUCAGUAUUUCAUGUAACAGUGCGUUCGGUUCACCCCCAUCUGAACAUUGGCUAUACCCUCACCCUAUCGAUUUCGACCCAUUUAACGAAGGCGACAGGGACCCCAUUUUAUUCAGGAGACCCAAUAAUAUUACUUUAAGAGAUGAGUCUCAAGAAACUGCUCCUGAUCUGAAGCUUCUGAAAAAUCUUCCACAGCUAGGAAUCAGGUGCCUGACUGUUACAAGCCUGGUCGAUUCUGCUAGUAUUGUUGCGAAUGUUGCUGGAAAUCAGAACACAGCUACUAAAAAAAGAAGGCUAGAAGCAGGGGAAGACAAGGUAUUGCUGAAUGAGCUGGAUUCCAAACGGAUUCAAAUUUGUGUACAAUCUAAUCCGAUGAAUGACUUGGAAGUUGGAAAACUUUGUCUUGAUCAUCUUUCGAAAUUGUUAGAUUCUGUCGGACUCAAUUCUGAAGGGAGUGUUAAUGAAAACGCUAAAUUCUGGAAGCCAUUAGGUGAUGUUUACGUUGCUACUUCGGAGGCUAUAGAUGCAAUAUCGUUGACGAUAAAUAAAGUUCUAGGAUUUCCGAUGGUAUUUGAGUAUAUUGAUGUUCAAUCUCUUAAAAAAAUACUGGGUCUUUGCACUAGAAAUAUCAAAAGAAUCCUAGCAUAUCAAUCAGACAAUGAAUCUGAGUCCUUAGAUCUGAAUAACCUUACGUUUGGUUGCGCAUUUUUAAUUCUUGAAGUUAUGAUGAUAGAUCUCAAAUCCGCAAACCUUCAGUUAGAAGAAUAUUACAAUGCUGUGUUCUCAGCGCUUGAUAAUGCGCUCGAGAAGUUACAUGUUUCGGACAACUCAAGAGGUAUUAAUGCAGAUAUUGGAAAUAUAUUCUUAUUCAUCAAUUUAUUGGAAAAGUUUGUCGCCUCUCAAUCAUACUUGGACGAAAUGUUUUUGAUCAAAUCAGUGUGCAUUUGCUGUGAUAUGCUACUACACAGAUGCUAUCAACACUUAAACACUAAUGUGCUUUUAUCGCAAGCGGAGCGGAUAAAAGACCUUUCUCUUGGAAUAUUAAUAUCACUUUUUUCUGAGUAUCCAUCUCAGCGGCUAUUUAUUACGGAAGAAUUAUUAUCACACGUGCAUGAUAUAGUAGUCUCAAAAUCCACUAAAAAACUGAAAUUGGUCGAUGAAUUUGAGAAUGGCUACGCAUCGUAUUUUACUGUCGCCCUUGUUGCCAUGUUCCAGUCAAUAAAUGCUUUGCCUGAUGCUGAGCUAUUGUCAGAUUUUACGUCUGAAUUGCUUGAAAAUGUACUGUCCGAGAAUAAUGCCGCAAGUUUGGAAUUGAAAGGACUAAUCGAUAACGUCACAACAACUUUAUUCGAAGGAUUGAUUACGAAUCCUUUCAAAUUCAAAUCAAUUGUGGAGAUUUACAUCCAAGAUUUGCUAACUAUGAUAGGAAACCCGAAAUGGGCGUAUUCUCAUCAUUUAUUAGAAGCUUUUUUGCCGAAAUUGUUUCAGAUAUUCAGCCCUACGUAUCAAGGAACAGGAAACUUCGAAGUGCUUGCUAUUCAACUUGUCGGCCAAAUUACUGCCACUUUGACAGACGUUAAACUGAGGGCUGCAUCCGAGGAAAGUAGGGAUGUAAAAAGGAUAUUUAAUUUGCAAAAUGAGUACAAAGAGUGUUUCGAUUGGUUGGGUUCGCAGACCAAGACAUAUUUUUCCGAUAGAGCAUUGUGGAAUGAAUCACUUUUUUAUAUCAGUGAGAUGUUAGAUCAGAAGGAGAUAGACAAAACAGACGCACAGGUAAUGAAUUUUGUUAUACGUAUAAUAGCAAAAGAAAUAAGGGAGACAGAAAUAAGCGAGAAAGAAAUAAGCGAGAAAGAAAUAAAUAAUGGUAUCGAUGGUAAUGAAAGAGUUCGGUCCCUUUACAUGAAAAUUGUUUCACUUAGUCCGUUGUUUAACUUUUAUGAACCCGCUUUGAGGCUCAUUCUUUCGUUAUUGGAUCAACAAAAAGUAAAACUUAAAUCAGGAGCAGUUAAAUGUUUGACCCUAUUAGUAUCAAAGGAUCCUCAGAUGUUAGAUACUCCUUUUGUUCAGGAAACCAUAAAAAACAGACUCUAUGACUCUUCGGCUUCCGUUAGAGAUGCAAUUUUGGAUCUUCUAGAGCAGGCCACAACCUACAUUCAAUUCUACCGAGAAAUAAACUGUAACUUUGACGAUGACAGUAUAGCAGUUCGAAAACAUGUUAUGCGGAUGAAUGAAAAGAUUCUUGAUACAAGUUCCGACCUGAAAAUAAAGACAUUCGUUUUAGAAAAAGUCUUGAGACGAAUUGAGGAUGAAGAGGAUGUUAUCGUGGAAAAUGCCAGGAAACUAUUACUUCAUAGACUAAUUUUGAGACAUAGUGCAUCUGACUUGUCCGUAAAACUGCAUAGAUUUGAUUUAUCAGAAACCCUCGAGCUAUUAUCAACACUCAUCGGUUAUGGUGGCAAGACUGAGGAACUGUUGGAGUUCUUCUUUCAUUUUUUCGUAUUGAACCCCUCCAUUCAUAAGAAUGAAGAUACGAAGUCGAUAUUUGAUGCUUUAAGAAAUCUUGUUAAUGUACUUAUUGAAGAGAUUACUGAGAAUGCAGCAUCUGCAGACGAACUGAGUGAAUCGAAUGCAAGAAAUAGAUAUGACCUACUUUAUUUUUUUGCCAAUUGUCCGAUCAAUUUCAUAUCAAAACCGCAUCUCUACUCACUCUUUCCAUAUCUUUCGUCAAACUUUAACGGUAAAUGUUAUUUACUGCUUUUGAAGGUCUUUCGCUCCUGCAUUAAGAAACAUAGCAAUAUCAAGCUCAAAUUUUUGCACGAUCUAGAAACCACCCUACUUGCGAAACUCUCAAAGCUCAAUACGAGAGAAAUCGAAGAGGCUUUGGCAAUUUGUUGGGAGACCUCAACUAAAACAAGAAAGGAAGAUAAGCUUCUAAAAGUAUGUGCCUCAUGCAUCGAGCAAUUACGUCCCUAUGUAACCCAGGCUGUGACCGCACCAAGUUCCUUGAAGCUUGAUGGAAAAGUCCAAAGACUUAUCUAUUUAUGUACUGGGUUUGCUCGCAUGUGUCAUUUUAAGGAAAACGAAAAAAGGUUAGAAUUUCUCAGAGGUGACGAACACUUGUACCAGUACGUUACAAAGUGCCUUCUUACGUUCACAAAUAAGAAACUAGCCACUCCUCUGAGAAAAAUUGCGAUCAAGAACCUAGUGAAAUUGGCGUCAUCUUUUCCCAAACUCUUCAACUCUCCACCUGUUCUAAAAGUUUUAGAUCAUGAGUUCGAAGCUGGUGUCCUAGACACUAAACUGACAAUCAUUGACUGUUUACAAGUGUUCUUCUCUAGUGAGGAAAAGAAAGUAUUAAUGAAAAUAGGGGCGAACGGUACCAUAUCAUCAAGUUCAGAGAUGAGGAGAUUGAUAUCAACACAAAACACUACCGAGUCUGUCAAUGAUGGCGUCUGUUCAGCAUUAGUUACCAGAUACCUUGACAGCAUCAUGGAUUUAUGUUUGCUAUCGGAUAUAAAAGAUGCUAUUGUUGCCAUCAAAUUUCUACAGCUCACAUUGAAUUUUCACUAUACCAAUCCGUCACAUGCUGUUCCUACACUUAUUGCUCUUUCAUGUUCAGACGCGAACUCAGUAAAAACAGUGUCGACCAGACUGUUGUCCACGAUUUUUGAACAGUAUGAGAGUAUGGUAUUUAACGGUCUUGCCGCUGGAUUUAAAAAGUGCUGUGUUGUUUUCAAGAGCCUGCUCCCAUCAGAGUUGGAGCGCAAAGAUCACUGCAUGAAACGCCUACAGUGCAUAUUAUCCAACAACAAAAAAAACGGCAAAAAAUACGUAAGUGUUGUCAAAAAUCUUACUAUAUCAGAAUGUUAUAAAACACAUUCUGUUAGCAACACCGAGCUACUUUUCUUAUUGCACAACAUGAGUCAGAUUGAUUACGGAGAUAGUUAUGAGCUCUACGAAUUCUUGAGUACCAUGUCUCUAGUAAUUGAUGAGAUUGACGAAACCAUACAAGAUAUUCUAAGUAUUCAAGAGGACGAUGAAAAGAAUUCGAAAGCAUUUUCCCUGAUCAAAAGGCGAAAGAUCAUGUCUAAUUUCAAAACCCACAUGAUAAGUAUACACAAUCUUUCAUCGGAAAAACUGUCGUUUAUUGGCACUCCGGAAGAAGCGACAUUGAAAGGUAGGUCAAUUAGCACAAUUUCAGAUUCCCCUCUAGCUAUCGAAAGUAUCGUUUUCGAGAAUCUAACAAAUGAAGAAAUAGAUCAGCAAUGUCUCGAAUACCAGAAAGAAUAUGAUGCAAUUUAUUAA